AUGGCUAGAGAGAAGGGAAAAUCUCUUCUAUCGUUGCUCUUCUUCUUCGUUGCUGUUGUUUCUUGCUUAGGUUUGUAUUCUCUCAAUUACCAGAAUCUAGGUACAGCAUUUUCAUUCGGAAUGAAGUGGAGAGGGGCAGCAGUAGAUGGCUUAUUGUACGAUUACAGUUACACUCUUGAGUGCUUGGCCAACCCUGAGAAGCCCCAAUAUGGUGGAGGAGUGGUAGUGAACCCAGAACUAAACCAUGGCUUGAAGGGCUGGACUGCCAAGGGGAACGCCCGAAUAGAGCAAAGGGAAUCCCAAAAUGGAAGCCACAACAUGUUCAUUGUUGUAAGCUCCAGGCGACAUCCUGAUGACAGCUUCUCCCAGAAACUCUACUUGGACAAGGACAAACUCUACACCUUAUCCGCCUGGUUGCAAGUGAGUGAGGGAAGCGCCAAGAUAGCCGCGGUGUUGAAAACACCAUCCGGGUUUGAUCAGCGCGCCGGAUGGGUUGUCGCUGAGUCCGGGUGCUGGUCCAUGCUCAAGGGUGGCCUUUCGGUGAAUGUCUCGGGCCCUGGCCUCCUUUAUUUCGAGAGCAACGACACAAAGGCGGAGAUAUGGGCGGAUAGCAUUUCUCUUCAACCAUUCACCAAACAGCAAUGGAGAUCUCACCGGCGUCAAAGCAUCGACAAGGCUCGCAAGGGCGUGGUGAAACUCCGGGCGGUGGACGCCGCCGGCAGGCCCCUAGCGAACGCAACCGUCGCCGUGACGGAAAGCAGGCCUUAUUUCCCGUUCGGGGCCGCCAUGAGCCAUGAAAUUCUGACCAACGCCGCCUACCAGUACUGGUUCACUUCCCGAUUCAAACUCACCACGUUCGAGAACGAGAUGAAAUGGUCCAGCACCGAGCCUUCCCAGGGCCACGAAGACUACUCCGUAGCUGACGCCAUGCUUGGGUUUGCCAAGCAGCACGGCAUCGCCGUGCGCGGCCAUAACGUUCUCUGGUCCGACCCCUCUUAUCUCGCCCAAUGGGUCAAAUCCCUCUCUCCGUAUAGCCUCCGCCUCGCAGUCGACAAACGAAUUCGAUCGCUGGUGAGCAGAUACGCCAGCCAGGUUAUAGCCUGGGACGUGGAGAACGAGAACUUGCAUUUCAACUUCUUCGAGAGCAGGCUCGGGGAGAAUGCUUCGCCGGGAUUCUUCAAGCUGGUGAACCAGAUCGACGGUCAAACGACGUUGUUCUUGAAUGAUUUCAACACGGUGGAGGACAUGAACGACCCGGAUUCGAACCCCGGUAAGUACCUGAAGAAGAUUCGGGAAAUUCGCGCCGGCGGCUACGCGGGGCCUCUAGCGAUAGGCUUGGAGGGCCAUUUCACCGGCGCUCCGAACUUGGCUUACAUGAGAGCCUCCAUUGACAAGCUUGCUGCUACGGGUCUCCCCAUUUGGCUCACAGAAGUAGAUGUUUCCAACGUCCCCAAUCAGGCGGAAUACUUUGAGGAGGUGCUGAGAGAAGGACACGCACACCCAAAAGUGAAUGGGAUUGUGAUGUGGGUGGCGAUGAGCCAAGGCAGUUGCUAUCGAAUGUGUUUGACGAACAACAACUUCGAGAACUUGGCCACCGGCGAUGUGGUGGACAAGCUGCUCAAGGAGUGGGGCGGCGCUGCGGCGGGGGCUUCCUCCGGCAAGACAGACGCCCAGGGCCACUUCCAGACCAAACUCUUCCAUGGAGAUUACUGGGUCAGCGUCCAGCACCCGACCAAGACGGAUUCAUCAGUGGCCAAGAGAUUCAAGGUUGCCCCCAAAGCAGAAGAAGAAUCCCAGGAAGAAACAGUUCGUGUGAUCAAAGUUUCCGCGUGAAAUUGGAUUCGAUAAUGAAUAGAGAAAUAAUAGCAUAUGUCACAUU